AUGUUUGGAAUUCUUCUAAUUGGAGUAGCACUAUGUGUGUUGGGCUGGCUGUACGUCCGCUGGUCGCGCGUGCGGCAGUAUUGGGCGCAGCGCGGUGUGCCUCAUCUACCGCCGCACCCUGUCCUGGGGAGCCUUACCUUCCUGCAGCGACAGAAUCCCGGAAGAUGGAUGAUAAACUCAUAUCAACAUUUCAACAAUUCACCGUAUUUUGGUGCGUGGUGGUUCUGGAGACCUACGCUCAUUAUCAACUCCCCUGAGAUUGCCAGAAAUGUUCUCGUGAAGGACUUCGCCAACUUCAAGGAUAGGUUCGCGGGGUCUGGCACAUCGGAUCCUAUCGGACAUCUCAACAUUUUUUCAGUUAAUGAGCCGCUAUGGUCUUCAAUCAGACGUCGGUUAACAAACGUUUUUACAGCGGCCAAGCUGAGAGCUCUACAGAAUCUGCUAGAUACUAAGGCGAAUCAAUUGGUAGAACGUAUCAAAAAUACCGAGAACAAAACCGCCAUAAGCUUAAGAAUGCUAUUCACGGACUACACAUCAGACGUUAUAGGCACAGCCGCUUUCGGAGUGGAGACCAAAGCUAUUGUCGGUGGCGAGUGCCCGAUGCGCAAAGUCACCAAGGCUUUUAUGAAAUUCGACCUGUACAGGGGCAUUUGCUGGAGUAGCAUCUUCUUUUUCCCAGAACUUGUUGAUAUAUUCAGGUAUNNNUUCUUCCCCAAAUGGGCUACGGAUUACUUUACGAAAGUGUUCCGCCUGGUAUCGGAACAACGAAGGGCACAAAGAGGUGGUACGGGUGAAACUAAAGAUUUAGUUGACGCUCUCAUUAAGUUAAAAGACGAAUCAGAUCAAAAUAAUGAAGGUUUGACGGAAGAUAUGAUAGUAGCACAAGCGGCAAUAUUUUUGCUAGGAGGCUUUGAGAGUUCUGGCGCUGCUCUGAGCUUCGCCUUAUAUGAAUUGGCGUUCCACCCGGAAAUACAAGAGAAAAUGUUCAAAGAGUUAGUACAAAUAAAGGAGCAAGAUGAAAAUGGCAACUUGGAUAUUUCAAAGCUUGCAGAAGCGCCUUAUUUUAAUAGUGUUAUUAAAGAGGUACUUCGGAAAUAUUCUUCAAUGGGCUGGCUAGACAGAAUAGCCGUACAAGACUACAAAAUAGACGAUAACCUCACUAUAGAAGCGGGAACACCGAUUUACGUCAACGUUAUCGGAAUGCAUUAUGAUGAGAAUUACUUCCCAAAUCCGUUGGAGUUCAAUCCAGAACGAUUUAUGCCAGAAAAUGAGAAAAACAUCAAACCGUUCUCAUAUUUGCCAUUCGGAGAAGGCCCCAGAAUCUGCAUUGGUAAACGCUUUGGUCAGAUUUCGGUUCGGCAUGCUUUGGCACACGUUGCAUUGCAUUUUAAGGUGAAACCUUUAGCAAACGGACCCAAGCCAAGUGAAGUAGAGUUUGAGAAACAUGGACUCAUCUUGGUCCCAGGUCAAGAUCUCUACCUCGAUUUUAUUCCUAGAAAUGAAUUCUGA